AUGCUGACCACGUCUUCAGUGUUUUUGCGAACCCUCGCAGAGUGUGGUAUCACUCAUGCGUUCGUGAAUUGGGGCUCUGACCAUCCGGCAUUGCUCGAAGAACUCGAAAGACAGCGAAUCGAGGAUGGGAAGACUUCACCGCUUAUCGUAACGUGUCCGAAUGAAAUGGUCGCGCUGAGCUCGGCGCAGGGAUAUGCGCAGGUGACUGGGAAGCCAGCUGUGGUUAUUGUGCAUGUCGAUGUGGGCACCCAGGCUCUAGCCGGUGCUAUUCACAAUGUCGACCGCGGGCAGACGCCCGUCCUCAUAUAUGCGGGUGCUUCGGCAUUCUCCAGCGAUGGAGAAUUGAAAGGAUCAAGGAAUGAAUGGAUAAUGUGGAUUCAAGAUGUUCCGGACCAGGCAGCGAUAGUCCGCCAGUAUAUGCGUUAUACAGCGCAAAUUAAUAGCAGUCACACUGUCGCUGAGGUUGUCAAGCGAUCCGUACAAAUUGCGACCAGCCAUCCGAAAGGGCCCGUUUAUUUGUGGGGCCGGAGAGAAGUCAUGGAGGCUGAAGUCGAUGCCUUCGUACUGGAUGCUACAGGAAAAGAUCUCCACCAGUGGCCGUCCGUUGAGGCGACUGCUUUGGCCCCAAAAGCGCUGGCCACCAUUGCUACUACCCUCUUGACUGCUGCGAAUCCUCUUAUCAUCACCUCUUCUCUCGGCCGAAAUGUGAAUGCUGUGGAGCCGUUGCUCGUUCUCUCGACUCUUCUUGCGAUUCCGAUUUCUGUCACUUGCCCUUCAGCCGUCAGCGUCCCUUUCUCUCAUCCCUUCCUCUCCGGCAUUUCGUACCUUCAAUCGAAUACUUCUAAUAGCCAUCUUGCGAAUGCCGAUGCCAUCCUUAUUAUCGACUCGGACUUACCAUGGAUUCCUGCUCUGGCGAAACCCAACGACGAAGCCCGGGUCUUCGUUGUCUCGGGUGCGGACCCACUCAAAGCAUCGUCCAUCGGCUCAUGGCACGUUGCAGCAGAAAUGAUCUGCCAGGCGGACGCCCAAGUGGCCCUUACGCAGAUAGUGGAGCGCGUCAGGCAGCUUGACGAACAGAGAGGGAGCGUUGGGGAGCAGAUUCUUGGGAGCAGGAUUGUGCAAGAGCGAGGGCAGCAGCUCAAAGAUGCCCAUGCUGCAUGGCUUGAAACUUUGGUCAAUCGAGAGCGGGAAUUUUCGGGAGACCAUUUGACUGUUCCGAACGUCAUUGGGGGAUUGAGAAGAGCCAUCGAAUUGCAUACACCAAGUCGUGGGAUGAAAACGCUGGUCCUAAAUGAAAGCAUAAGCAAUUUUGGACCAGUAUGGGAGCAUCUACGCCCGACGGUCCCAGGCAGUGUGCUGACUUCCGGUGGUUCGUCUUUAGGUUGGGCUUUGGGAGCGUCCGUCGGCGCUUAUAUUGGAGGCAAGGUGAAAAGCUACCAGGUCCAAGGAACUCAGCCAUACGAACUUGUUGUGGCAAUUGUAGGAGACGGAUCGUUUAUGUUUGGUGUUCCCAGUUCUGUCUACUGGAUGGCUCGAAAGUAUGACACACCUUUUCUGACCAUCGUUUUGAACAACGGCGGUUGGAAGUCUCCUAAGCUCUCUAUGCUGGGUGUAUACCCCUCAGGUCUAGGUAGUCAGGCUAUUGGCGAGCGACUCUCUGUAGGAUUCGGUCCGGAUAGCCCCGACUUUUCGCAGAUUGCUAUAGCCGCUUCCGGCGGUUGGGCUUGGGGUAGGCGAGUGGCUGGCAGUGAUGCUACAGCUCUGGAAGAGGUCUUGGAAGAAGCAGUCAAUGUUGUUGUGAAGGAACGCCGAUGCGCUAUCCUUGAUUGUAUAUUGGAGUCCAUCUGAUGAUUUCAUACUCUCAGUGAGCGUUGACCGUCAUUGAACCUUAAAGAGCUGCCGAGUUCUUUAACGCCGCAAGAGAAAGAAAAUCUGAUUGACCUUUGUGG